UUUCCUCUAAUUUUGACACUUGCAGUGCAGUUAACUAAACCACAACCCCAUCCAAUAUAAUAGCCUUCUUCGACUCUUUGUUGUGUGACCCCUAAGUCCUAACCAUGCCGGGGGCGGGAUUUUCAGCUCCGGGAGCCGGAGGCGGCCAGCAUUUUGAGGCCAAGAUCACCCCCAUAGUCAUCAUCUCCUGCAUCAUGGCCGCCACCGGCGGCCUUAUGUUUGGCUACGAUGUUGGAGUUUCAGGUGGUGUUACGUCAAUGGAUCCAUUCCUGAAAAAAUUCUUUCCGGUGGUGUACCGGAACACGAAGAAUCCGAAUCUAAACAGCAACUACUGCAAGUACGACAACCAAGGCCUGCAACUGUUCACAUCGUCGUUGUACCUGGCGGGUCUCACCGCCACAUUCUUUGCUUCUUACACCACCAGACGCCUGGGGAGGAGGCUCACCAUGUUGAUCGCCGGCUGCUUCUUCAUUCUCGGCGUCAUCUUAAACGCUGCGGCUCAAGACUUGGCUAUGCUCAUCAUUGGCAGGAUUUUGCUUGGAUGUGGGGUUGGUUUUGCUAAUCAGGCAGUUCCUCUGUUCCUAUCAGAGAUAGCGCCCACAAGGAUACGUGGAGGACUUAAUAUUCUCUUCCAACUUAAUGUCACCAUUGGGAUUCUGUUUGCUAAUCUCGUCAACUAUGGAACAGCCAAAAUCAAAGGAGGAUGGGGGUGGAGACUAUCACUAGGGCUAGCAGGAUUCCCAGCACUUCUACUAACAUUAGGCGCCAUCUUCGUGGUCGACACUCCUAACAGUUUAAUCGAACGUGGGCACCUGGACGAGGGAAAGAGAGUUCUCAGAAAAAUCCGAGGAACUGACAACAUUGAACCUGAGUUCUUGGAGCUUGUGGAGGCCAGCCGUUUAGCCAAGGAAGUUAAACACCCUUUCAGAAAUCUGCUCACCCGUAGAAACCGACCCCAGUUGAUCAUUGCCGUCUUUCUGCAGAUCUUCCAACAAUUUACCGGAAUCAACGCGAUUAUGUUCUACGCGCCGGUCCUAUUCGCGACGCUGGGAUUCGGGAACGACGCAGCGCUCUACUCCGCAGUCAUCACCGGAGCCGUCAACGUCCUCUCCACCGUCGUAUCGAUCUACUCCGUCGACAAACUCGGGCGGCGCUUGCUCCUGCUAGAGGCCGGAAUCCAGAUGUUCAUAUCCAACAUCGCCAUCGCCAUCAUCCUGGGAAUCCAGGUCUCGGACCACUCCGACAACAUGGGCCACGGGUGGGGGAUCUUCGUGGUGGUGAUGAUAUGCACGUUCGUGUCGGGCUUCGCGUGGUCGUGGGGCCCGCUGGGGUGGCUCAUCCCUAGCGAGACCUUCCCGCUGGAGACACGGUCGGCGGGGCAGAGCGUCACGGUCUGCAUCAACUUGCUCUUCACCUUCGUCAUGGCGCAGGCCUUUCUCUCCAUGCUGUGCCACUUCAAGUUCGGGAUUUUCUUGUUCUUUUCGGGCUGGAUUUUGAUAAUGUCGUUGUUCGUGCUGUUCUUGGUGCCGGAGACGAAGAACGUGCCGAUUGAGGAGAUGACGGAGAGGGUUUGGAAGCAGCAUUGGUUGUGGAAGAGAUUCAUGGAUUACAAUGUGGAUGAAGAAAUCGGGGAUAGUACUUAUGAUGAUCUCAAGAAGCAUGGCCAAGUUAAGAAUUUUGAUCCUGCUUCACAGUUGUAAAGAAAAGAAAAGAAAGAAAAGGUUAUAUAUAUUAUUACAAGUUUGAUAGGACUAGAACAUAUAUAGUUUAAUUUCUACGAAAAUAAGGUAGGAGUAAUAAUUUUGCUAUUA